AAGAGGGUGGGCCAGACUGGCCCUCAUCCGUCGCGGUGGCCUCUAGCUUCUCCCUCGGUAGGACCCCCUCCACCAGUGUGCCUUCCUGAAAGGAUGGACGGAAGGAAAGCUCGGACCUCUGUGGCUGUUUCCUUCUGUGUAAAAACGGAGAAGAUAACUGUUACCUGACUUGACGUGGGGAAAUAAAAGUAAUAAAGGCCAACCCCACUUCAAGGGACCACAACGCAAUGCCAGGAAGAGGGAGCUGAAGUGACCUGCCUGAUUCUGAGGGAGUCGGUCAGGGAGGUCUUCCUGGAGGAGGCUGAGGCCCCAAGGUGUGGCCACCCGGACAUAUCAAGCUAUUUCCAGGAUCGGCCCAGCACUGGAGCUGACUCAGCCGGGGUCCCCUUUGGUUCCAGAGGAUGAGGCUCCUCCGCAGACGUCACAUGCCCUUGCGCCUGGCCAUCGUGGGCAGCGCCUUUGUGCUCUUCCUCUUCAUCCUGCAGAGGGAUGUCAGCAGCAGGGAACAGGCCACAGAGAAGCCAUGGCUGAAGUCCCUGGUCAGCCAGAAGGAUCAUGUCCUGGACCUCAUGGUGGGGGCCAUGAACAACCUGAAGGACUCGAUGCCCAAGCUCCAGAUCAGGGCUCCAGAGCCCCAGGAGACACUGGUCUCCACGAACAAGUUCUGCCUCCCUGGGUUCUAUACCCCAGCUGAGCUGAAGCCCUUCUGGGAACGGCCACCACAGGACCCCAACGGCCCUGGGGCAGAUGGGAAAGCUUUUCAGAAGGACAAUUGGACUCCCCUGGAGACCCAGGAAAAGGAAGAGGGCUAUAAGAAGCACUGCUUCAAUGCCUUUGCCAGUGACCGGAUCUCCCUGCAGAGGGCCCUGGGGCCAGACACUCGACCCCCUGAAUGUGUCGACCAGAAGUUUCGGCGCUGCCCGCCACUGCCCACUACCAGCGUCAUCAUUGUGUUUCACAACGAGGCCUGGUCCACGCUGUUGCGAACAGUGUACAGUGUCCUGCACACCAGCCCUGCCAUCCUGCUGAAGGAGAUCAUACUGGUGGAUGAUGCCAGCACUGAGGAGUAUUUAAAGGAGCAGCUGGAACAGUACGUGAAGCAGCUGCAGAUCGUGCGGGUGGUGCGGCAGGAGAAGCGGAAGGGGUUGAUCACUGCCCGACUGCUGGGAGCCAGCGUGGCACAGGCAGAGGUGCUCACCUUCCUGGACGCCCACUGUGAGUGCUUCCAUGGCUGGCUGGAGCCCCUCCUGGCUCGCAUCACCGAGGAUGAGACGGCGGUGGUGAGCCCAGACAUCGUCACUAUUGACCUUAACACUUUUGAGUUCUCCAAGCCCGUUCAGAAGGGCAGAGUCCAUAGCCGUGGCAACUUUGACUGGAGCCUGACCUUCGGCUGGGAGACUGUACCUCCACAUGAAAAGCAGAGGCGCAAGGACGAGACUUACCCAAUCAAAUCCCCGACGUUUGCUGGUGGCCUCUUCUCCAUCUCCAAGUCCUACUUUGAGCACAUCGGUACCUAUGAUAAUCAGAUGGAGAUCUGGGGAGGGGAGAACGUGGAAAUGUCCUUCCGGGUGUGGCAGUGUGGGGGCCAGCUGGAGAUCAUCCCCUGCUCUGUGGUAGGCCACGUGUUCCGUACCAAAAGCCCCCACACCUUUCCCAAGGGCACCAAUGUCAUUGCUCGCAACCAAGUGCGCCUGGCUGAAGUCUGGAUGGAUAGCUACAAGGAGAUUUUCUACCGGAGAAAUAUGGAGGCAGCAAAGAUGGCCCAAGAGAAAUCCUUUGGUGACAUUUCGGAACGACUGCAGCUGAGGGAACAACUACACUGUCGUAACUUUUCCUGGUUCCUGCACAACAUCUACCCAGAGUUGUUUAUUCCUGACCUGAAGCCCACCUUCUAUGGAGCGAUAAAGAACCUUGGUAUCAAUCAGUGCCUGGAUGUGGGUGAGAAGAACCACGGAGGGAAGCCCCUCAUCAUGUAUGCCUGCCACGGCCUUGGUGGCAACCAGUACUUUGAGUACACAACCCAGAGGGACCUUCGCCACAACAUCGCAAAGCAGCUGUGUCUACACGCCAGUGCUGGCACUCUGGGCCUUAGGAGCUGUCACUUCACUGGCAAAAACAGCCAAGUCCCCAAGGACGAGGAAUGGGAAUUGACCCAGGAUCACCUCAUCAGGAACUCAGGAUCUGGUACCUGCCUGACGUCUGAGGACAAAAAGCCAGCCAUGGCCUCCUGCAAUCCCAGUGACCCCCACCAGCACUGGCUCUUCAUCUAGGCCCCAGAUCAUCACCUGUGGAAGUUCCCACAAGCCUCUCAGGAAACAGUAUUUUGGGGAACCUGAUGUUUGGGAACCUGAGCAUCAGCUUCUCUGUAGGCCUUAAAAGAUGGAGUUUAAACCUAAUUUUGGAUGUCAAGGCAGGACCUUCCUACUCCUUGCAACAACAUUGGGCCCAUUUUCUUUUCUCCACAUUGAUGGAAGAGACUGUAAGAGCACAUAGUACUUGACCCAGAGCUUUCCUCUGUCCUAGAAACAGAGACUUCCAAAGCAGAGAAAGCUCCUGGGAUAGGGCCCAAGGCAGCAAUGCUGAAUUCAAGAAAAGUACCUCUGCAUCCAUGUCCUGACUACCUGAUCAUCUAGAGCUGGGCAUACAGAAUCUAGUGACAUAAUAUAUUCUAGCAGAGAUCCCUCUGUUAGCGGUCUAAGAGCAAUUCCCUUGCUAAUAGUAUGCCGAGUUUAUAGAGCCGUUUACGGUUUACAGAAAACACCCUGACAGGAAUCCUUUAUUUACUUCAUCUGCACAAUGACUCUGUAAGAAAGACAGGACAGGGACUGGCAUGCCCAUUUUACAGAUAAGAAAGCUGAGGCAGGGAAGGGUAAAGGAGGUUGUCUGUAGUCCCACAGCUAGUGGAUGGCGGGAGCCAAGACUGAAGCUUGAUCUUGAAUACUGAACCAGGGCGCCUUCACCACAAAAACACUAAACAACUAGCCACCGCCAUUCCCAUUCUCUCUUCCCUGCAUUCUGAUAAUUUCUGGCUGGCUGAUCUCUAUAAAGCUCAGAACAAUGCAGCCAGGUAGCCAUGAGGGAAACCACACAGUUCAUGGAGCCAGUGAUUCUCAGGUUUAAGUCCCAGAACCCUUUUUUUUUUCUUUUCAGUGCCCAUAUGUAAUGUAAUAAAAGGCAAAGUAGCCAUGGAUGAAAUUGAGGAUAGACAGGGGCAAUGUCCACUAGCCCCUGAACUUCUAAAAUUCUGUAAGACAAUUUGAAAACCAUCAUUUUAGUCCAACCUUAUCAUUUUCCUAUUACGAUACCGAGGGCAAAUAAGUGAGGUAAUUUGCCCAAGGCCACACAGCAAGGCACUGGCAACCCUGAAGCUAGGACCCAGAUAAGGCUAACAAGAGCCGUAGGAAGGCUGAAGAAUUAAGGACAGUGUACAGUCAAACAUGACUGCAUGAGUGGCCUGGUCUGCUGAAGCCCUCAUGUGGAGCAGACCUGGCAUGCAUAUCAGCUCUUUCCUAAGUCGGACCCUACACACUUGGACUCAGAAUUCCUUAUGACUUUCAGUAGCAGGUUGUCAUCUUAGGCAUCACCACGUGAGGGUGCCAAGGGACCACAGCUGCCUCUCCUUCCCUGCAACUCAGUACUGCAGGUCUCCUAGGUCCCUGAAGAGCCUUCAGGAUCCUGUGGACGCUACAGUGUAGAGGAAACAUUCCGGGAUAGCCCAGCCAAAGGGAGAAGGCAGAGCAUAGCCUCUCCCAUGAUGUGGCCUGAGUGGGAAAGGUCUUUUCUAGAAAGAGAAGAGAAUUGGACAUGAGAUCCCUGUAGAAAUAAAGGUUUUGUGGCUUUGGUAAAGGAAGUUUGCAUUGGAUUCCUCCUCUCCCUGCAUGGUUCCUUCGCUGAUCCCUUUGAAGAAUCUAUUGAUUCAGGCUGUGAAGAACUACACACAUCUGAAAAGUCCAUCACAGCAACUUGCUCUUGUUCCCAAACAUAACAUCCUCUGGCCUAUGUACUGUGUGUCAAGCAUAAGUAGACAUGAGGAGUUAUAAGAUGAGGCUCUUCCCCUGUGGAACUCACACUCUAGCUGAAGAAACAGAGAUGCAAGCAAGUCAUGGAGUGUUCAGAUAUGUGCAGGGUGAGUUAGAACAAUUCCUUCUAUUUAGGCCCUAAAUUUUAGGGGGAUCAGGGAGGGCCUCACAGAGAUGGUGACAUUUGACUUUAGACCUCAAAGGAUGAGUCCUCAGGUGGGAAGGACUUAAUAAACAAAGACCUCAUACAAGAAAUGAUCUACAUGAGAAGAGAUACAGAGGGACAAAGGCACAAGUGGAUCUGGGAAACCAAGAGGACAUCAGGGUGAGGGAGCAGUAGAUGUAGAAGCUAGAAGAUCAGGGCCACAUAACUUUCAUGGGCACUUUUGCCUUCAUAAAAAGAUAUGUAAAAUUAUGUUUUAUAACUGCUUAGGUAUAAAAAUGAAUAUAACCCAG